AUCACUAUUAAUUUGUCAAUAUUUUCAAAAUAAAUACCGAAUAUGCCAGGUGCUUUUUCCGAAAUAAUCGACGAUAUUGAAGAUUUAAUAUCUUCUCAGGACAUAACACCUAAAGAGAGAUAUGCCAGCAGGAAAAGUGUUAGUGUACGAUCCAAAAAGAAAGAAACCAAGGACUUGGAACCUGUGGAAAAAGUGUUUUUAGAGAGUGUCGUACCAGGCACUCAAACAAUCUAUGUGAAGACUUGGGGCUGUGCUCACAACAACUCCGACUCGGAGUACAUGGCAGGGCUAUUGGCUGCUCAGGGCUACAAGUUGACAGAGGACAAGUGGCAAGCUCAGCUGUGGCUACUCAACUCUUGCACUGUGAAGAGUCCCGCAGAGGAUCAUUUCAAGAAUGAAAUAGAGCUGGGUCAGAGCCGAGGCAUCCACGUUGUAGUGGCAGGCUGUGUACCGCAGGGCGCUCCCCGUGCUACUUACUUGCAAGGGCUUAGCGUGGUGGGCGUGCAGCAAAUAGACAGGAUCGUUGAGAUUGUGGAGGAGACAUUGAAAGGUCACACAGUCAGAUUAUUUGGUCAAAAAAAGACAGAUGGGGGUAAAAAAGCCGGUGGCGCAUCCCUUCUUCUACCCAAAGUACGAAAAAACCCCCUUAUAGAGAUCAUCCCUAUUAACACAGGGUGCUUGAACCAAUGCACAUACUGUAAGACCAAACACGCACGGGGUGAGUUGGGCAGUUAUCCACCAGAGGAGAUUGUUGAGAGGGCAAGACAGUCCUUCACAGAGGGAGUUUGUGAGAUAUGGCUGACUAGUGAGGAUACAGGAACAUACGGGCGCGACAUAGGCACAACUCUACCAGAACUGCUGUGGCAGUUGGUGGAGGUGAUACCGGAAGGUUGCAGGCUACGACUGGGUAUGACCAACCCACCCUACAUUCUGGAACAUUUAGCUGAAAUCGCCCAAAUUAUGCACCAUCCCAGAGUCUAUAAGUUUCUUCACGUGCCAGUGCAGUCGGGCAGCGACGAAGUGCUUUCGGAUAUGAAAAGAGAAUACACUAGAGCAGACUUCGAGAGAGUUGUGGACUACCUUAGACACAAGGUCCCCGGUAUGACGAUAGCGACAGACAUCAUCUGCGGCUUCCCGACAGAAACUGAAGCCAACUUCGAAGAUACGAUGUCUCUCUGCAAAAAGUACAAGUUCCCUUCACUCUUCAUCAACCAGUUCUUCCCGCGACCUGGGACUCCAGCUGCUAAGAUGCAGAGGGUACCAGGUCAAGAAGUUAAAAAGCGUACAAAACAACUAUCAGAUUUCUUCCGCUCGUACGAACCGUACGGCCACAAGAUAGGCGAGAUACAGCAAGUGUUGGUGACAGACAUAUCGCACGACAAGAAUUACUAUGUUGCUCACAACGAGUACUACGAGCAGGUGCUGGUGCCCAAGCAGGACAGGUAUAUGGGCAAGAUGCUGACCGUGCAGAUCACUAGCGCCGGCAAGUUCUCUAUGAUGGGACAACCCAUAGAUAAGCCAAAAAUGCCAGGGCUAGCACAACCAUUAAAGAAAGGCGAAGUGUCAGGGUUGACCAAAACGGAGUCCAAGAGGGCGGUACCGAUACCUAUAUUUACUCGUAUAUUGUUCGUAGCUGUCGUUCUACGAUUGAUAUGGAUGUUUUUAUACGGCUAAUAGUUGUAAAUAUAGUUUUAAUUAAAGUAUUUUUGUAAGUGCA